AUGUCCAUAUCUCCGCGACCAUUUAGUCCACCGCGAUCUGCAUCAAACGAAGAAGAUAUUAUUGACGAUGAUGAAUAUAUUGAGUCACCAGGAACAUUAAUAUCAUCAUUUGAUUUAUAUAAAAAUGCUGUUGAUCGUUUACGUUCAUCGGUUACAUGUCAAUCCAUUGAACAACAACAAACUUCACUCGAACAUUUUAAACCAUUAUCAACACGAACGAAUGCUUGGCUUUAUAUGCGUGUACAUGACGAUUUAUUUAGUAUUUUAUUGGAUUAUUUAUUGAUUGAGAAUUUAUCUAUACAAUCAGUAGUACUCAGUAUAUUUGCUAAUAUUGCUUGUGAACAAGCAUCACAUGAACAGAUCAUCGAAACAAACCUAAUCGAUAUAGUUUGUCGAAAGACAGUCGAUAUAAGUCAAAUAGAUAUAACUAAUCGAUGCUUUCGAUUAUUAGGUAAUGUAUGUACCGUCGAAGAUGCUGCAAGGAAAAUGAUCGAAGCCGAUUUAACACGAUCCAUGGGUAACGUAUUGCGGCAAUGUACAGAUGCUGCAUGUUUACAUUCAACAAUUCGAUGCUCAAGAAAAUUAAGUACAUAUGCAUUUGGUCGUGAUCGAAUGCUGGAUUCUAUGUGUUUAUUAUGGAUAUGUAAACAAUUGUUUGCGGAAAAAGUUGCUCUACGUAAAGAAGCAAUGAAAGCUGUAUUAGAAUGGGAUAUUGACGGUUCGGAUAGAAGUCGUUCGCAAUUACGUGAAGGCGAAAUUUUUCGCUUUUUAAUAACAACGAUUGAAGGCAAAUCAGAUAAAGAAUAUCGUCAUAUAGCAUUACGUCUGAUGAAUAAUUUAUUACGCCAUAGUGAUAUGCGUACGGAAUUUGGUUUACGCAAUGGUUUGGAUUUUCUAUUAAAUAUGAUUCAUAACCAUCAUUAUCAAUCGACGUAUGAACAUUUGAAAUGUAUUGGUCUGCUUUGUGUUUGUUGUCAAGAAGCAAACAAUCGUCGUUUAAUCAAAGAUGAUAUGAAUAAAUUGCAGAUAUUUUUUGAUUAUUUAGAAAAAUAUCAAUAUCGUUCGAAUUUUUUGGAUCUUUUACUAACAGCUAUUGGCCAAUUUAUGUAUGAUGAUCAAGCAUUGCUUAUUUUCGUAAAACAAAUGCAAUUUAUUGAACGCAUGUGUGAUCUAUUAGAAUCGGUUGUCAUGACGAAAUAUGAAAUUAAUGAAAAACGACUAUUAGGAGAUGAUGAACAAGAUUCAAGAGAAGCAAAAAAAUUGAAAACACAACAUUCGACUGAUUCUCGAAAACAACAGCGUGUAUCUGUAAUGAUUGAAUUCAAUGAAAGUUUAUUUACGGAGUUUGUCGAAAACACUCAUCUGGACGAAGAACGUAACACUUCAACAUCUGGUCAAACAGCUUCAACAAAUACAAAUAUAGAAAGUCGUCGUCGAACCGAAGCAUUAAUAUUUACAUUACUGUCGAAAUUAUCUUAUGAAACAACCGAUAAAAAUCUACGACGUUUUCUAUACAAUCGUCGACUUAAUUCAUUACUUCUUCGUUAUAUUAAUUUAUGUGACGAACCAAAUCCACGCGCCGUACGAAUUCUUCAUCGUCUAACAAAAAUGAUUGACUGCAUUGAACAUUUAAUUGAUGUUGGUCUACCCUAUUUAAUUAAAUCAAAUUUCUAUUCUAAUAAUUUUUUACAACAAUAUACUUAUGAUGUCAACACGGAUGAUCAGUAUUUAUUCAAUAUUCUUCUGAAUGAUAAUCGAGCUUUUUUCCAACGUUUAUCUUGGACAAAUGAAGAAAAUCGUUUGAAAACUAUUGAAUACAGUUUAGUAAAAAAUAUUGAAAAUCAUAUUAAUACACCGUACGCAAUCAAUGAAAUUGUACGACGAUUGGACGAUACAAAUGUAGAUGAAAAAUUUCAUUUUAUGCUAACCGUAGUUGCGACAUUGAAACAGCAACAUUUGAACUCAGUUCUAUUUGAUCGAAGUUCAGGUUACAAAUAUUUAAUUAAUCAAUCCAAUGAACAGGCUUGUUUUUGGGCGUUUCGUGCACUUGUUCGUCGAUGUAUGGGUGCAAACAGUAGUACAUAUAUAAAUGAAUUUUUUAAUGAAUUACAUAAACGUGCUCAAGUUCCAUCUGUAACUCAGACAAAAGAUAUUGAACUACACAUAAAUAAUGAACGAUUGAUUACUGUUAAUACUGAUCUAUUAUGUGUACAUUCUGACUAUUUUAAAACUCUAUUCAAUGGCCAUUUUUCUGAACGUAAUCAAACAGUAAUUUCACUCCAUUUACCUGAAUCUAUAUCAAUUGAAUCAUUCGUAAAUUUAAUGGAUAUACUAAAGAAUAAUAAUGAAGUGAUACAAUUAGAUCUUAUCCAAGAUUUAUUUUGUUUAAGCGACAGAUAUUUAUUUGACUAUUUACCAUAUCGAUUAGCUCAUUAUACUCUUGAACAAUUCAUACAAGGAAGAACGACUGAUAUUAAGGAUCCUGUAUUACAGUCAAAAUUAAUUUCAUCUCUUAUUCGAGCAUUUUUUUCCCAUCUAUUAACAAGUCAUACGAAUAUUUCCGUAGAAAUAUUUUCAAAACUAAUGAUGAAUAAUUCAGAUGAACUUCGAACAUUGAUUAUGUCAUUUUUACAGCAUAAAUGUUGGUUUCGCGAUGAAUAUUCACCUUUUUAA